ACUGUUUGAAACGGACAGCGAUAGGUGGAAGGGAAAGAUGGUCGCUUAGCUGGCCGGGUCACGUGGGGGUGGGGGAUCCGUAGCUAUGGCGACGAAGCGGUUGGCCAGACAGCUUGGCAUUAUUAGAAGACUUUCCAAGACAUCACUCAGUGACCAAAGUCGUGAUAGACCCAAACUACGGCAGUUAUUCAGCUACUUAAUUGUCAUUGACUUCGAAUCUACAUGCUGGAAUGAUAACAGGAAAUGUUACACUCAAGAAAUAAUUGAAUUUCCAGCAGUUUUAUUAAAUACCUCAAAUGGAGAGAUGGAAUCUGAAUUUCAUGCAUAUGUCCAGCCUCAGGAACAUCCAAUUCUGUCUGAGUUUUGCACUGAACUAACUGGCAUAACACAGAACCAAGUUGAUGAAGGAGUCCCUCUGCGGAUCUGUUUAUCUCAGUUUUCUAAGUGGAUUCAAAAGUUGCAAACGGAGAAGAACAUUAUUUUCAGCUCCAGUCAUUCAAGUGGUGCUGCUUCAGAAGGCCAAUUGUGUGCUUUUGUGACAUGGUCAGAUUGGGACCUGGGAGUUUGCUUGCACUAUGAAUGUAAACGAAAACAGUUACGAAAGCCUGCCAUUUUAAACUCUUGGAUUGACCUCCGGGCAACUUACAAGCUCUUUUAUUCUAGGAAGCCUCAAGGGUUAAAUAAUGCUCUGCAGGAUGUAGGGAUUGUAUUUGCAGGACGGGAGCAUUCUGGUAUGGAUGAUUCCCGGAAUACUGCUCGCCUUGCUUGGAGGAUGAUCCGUGAUGGGUGUGUGAUGAAAAUCACUAAAUCAUUGGAUAAGGUCAGUGGUUUUUCUCCUUCGCACAUCUAACUGAAGAAUGU